ACACCCUAUAUCAUUUCACCUCCUUCAGCUCCAAGUCAAAAUGCACCUUAUUGUAACCAUCCUCGUGAGUGUGCUUCUUCACAAAGCAUAUUCACUCAAGUGCUUUGAGUGCACACCAGGACAAUCGGGAACAUGCACGGACAAGCAGAUUGACUGUCCUAAUCCAACCCAAUGUGGAAACACGCGGAUUACAUCCUAUAUGGGCGAUACAAAAUUAGUAGAUGUCAACGCGAAGUCUUGCGCGGUGCCAACUGAGAGUUUCAGUGUCAAUUUCGGAAUCUCGCGCACUACGUUCGCCAGCAAAUGCUGCAAUACGGACCUCUGCAACUCCCAAAGCGUCCCUGAGUCCACUAAACCCACUCCUAAUGGCAAGAAGUGCUUCACCUGUACCGGAACGGACUGCACGAGCGCUCUGAGCUGCUUGGGAGACGAGGACCGCUGCAUCUCAACAUCAGUGAACACGGGUGGCAAGAAGAUGACAAUGAAGGGAUGUGCCUCCAAGAGAAUCUGUGUGGGAGAAGUGUCAGGAGCUCUGGGGCCCGCCAUGGGCGUGGACAUGAAGUGCUGCGAGGGCAACCUGUGUAACAACGCCCAGAGCAUCGGACUGAGCCUCCUGCUCCUGGUGACAUCCAUGGUCUCUGUCGCCCUGUUCCACUGAGGGGCACCGUGCAUUCACCUCCUCUCCUCUCCUCUCCUGGCCAUGGCCUCGUUCUGUUUACUAGUUCCAUCGUAUUUGGAACCUCCCUGUCAUUUUACACCCCCACCCCAUCUCCCCACUCCCCAGCUCCAGUCUCCACUAUUCACAUGUUGUGUGUGUUAAUAAUGGAUGUUAUUGAAUAGCCCCUUUCACUAGACGCUCCCUUGGGGCUUCACAUUGUGUAGGGUUAACUAAACCUCUCCACCUCCACUAGCGUAAUGCUGCAGCCACCUGUGGAAUGCACUAUAGACAUUUCAUUUUAGGGACAGCUCUCGCAAAAAAACACACCCACAACAACCCACACCCACAACUACAUCCAUCCCAUAACCCCUACACACACCCACACCUGUCCUCUUCUCUCCUCAAUGUCCUAUGAGUCAGUGAGGCAUGGAUGUUUGGUGAGGCAUCUGCCAAUCUAAACAAGUGUUGUACAUUGCUUGAAAUCAUUGGCAUUGCUAGCUUUCACAUGUUGCUAACAUUCAGAAUAAUGUAAAAAAGGCUAUUGAAUCCCAUUUUUAACCUGGCAGAAAUAUACUUCAAAUGAAAUAUGUCACUGGAUGUGUACGGUGUUAUUGUAUUUGCUAUGCCUAAUUGAUGAACAAGAUGAAUUCUACAAAUUAAAAAGAUUAAAAGUAUAUGAAUUACUGUA